AAGUGUGUUGGGGGAGUGAGUGUGUGUGUAUGUGUGUGUGUGAUGCUACAACCUCCUUAUAAAGGGACUCUCUCUCACGUUGUGGCUUGGAAAUUAGAGCACAUUGCCUAAAUUGAGGUCUCCAUACACACCCUCUCACACACGCCGAGUCACCGCCACGAGCUUUGGAUGAACAUGGAGGGAGUGAUCCGCAGGGCCGAGACGCCUCUCCUCUGGGUCGGUGCGUUCACCGUGGCCUCCCUGACGCUCUGGCUCCUCUUCAGGCUCAUCACAGGCUUCAGGAUCUGGGUCUUGGGGAACGGAGGGCUGCUCUCUCCGAAGCUGGGCAAAUGGGCAGUUGUGACGGGAGCCACAGAUGGGAUCGGGAAAUCCUACGCAGAGGAGCUGGCUCGUCGAGGAUUUGCCAUGAUGCUAAUCAGCCGCUCACAGGAGAAGUUGGAUGAUGUAGCCAAGUCACUUGAGGAGCAGUUUAAAGUGGAGACGAGGACGAUUGCUGUUGAUUUUGGGAAAACUGACAUUUAUCCCAAGAUUGAAGAAGGACUGCGGGGUCUGGAGAUCGGGGUUUUGGUUAACAAUGUUGGCGUGUCUUAUCCCUACCCUGAGUACUACCUUCACAUCCCUGACCUGGAAAAUUUCAUCACAAACAUGAUCAACGUCAACAUGACCUCACUGUGCCAGAUGACCCGUCUUGUGCUGCCCAGAAUGGUUGACAGGUCUAAAGGCGUCAUCCUCAACAUCUCCUCUGCUAGCGGCAUGUACCCCCUCCCUCUGCUCACACUCUACUCUGCAACUAAGGCCUUUAUAGAUUUCUUCUCUCGUGGCCUCCAGGAGGAGUACAGGCGUCAGGGCAUCAUCAUCCAGAGUGUUUUGCCCUUCUUUGUUGCCACCAAAAUGACCCGCAUCAGGAAGCCCACUCUGGAUAAGCCCACCCCAGAGCGCUAUGUGGCAGCUGAGCUCAGCACUGUGGGUCUGCAGUCUCAGACCAACGGCUACUUCCCCCACGCCGUCAUGGGCUGGGUGACCACCAGGCUGGUACCGACCAGCAUUGUCAUCUUCCUGGGGGCCAGGAUGAACCGCCUGCAGCGCACGGGCUACCUGAACCGGAGGAAGAUGCGGCAACAGAAGAACGGCGGCGCGAGCCUAAAGAGCGAAUAGGGAGACGAGUCCGGCAGCCACUCCUUUCGGACCACUUUCGAUGUUUGAGGAUUAAAGGCUCAAUCCCCCGAAGCUGCCAGAGAUUUGACCACGUUUUGUGCCUUUUUUUUUUUUUUUUUUUUGGUCGAAGCGCACAUCCGAACACGUGUGACCUUGUGUUUGAAACUUCUGCCCUGAUUUUUGUCUGAGAAGAAAACAGCCAAAGAAGUAAAAGGGGAAAAAAUUAUAUAAAAAAUUGUACUGCUUUAAAAACUUUUGCUCGUGGCAAACAAACCUAAACGUGUUUUUUGUCACGGACAUUCAUGAUGGGAACAAUACAGCAAAACAAGUGACGUGUUCUCCUGCUGUUGUAAGCAGUGGAAAAUGGUGACGGUUAUCUUUUUAUAUUUAUAUGUGUAUUGUUAUUUAAAUUUGUAUAAAAAUGUGUGCCAAAUCCAGAACUUUAAAACCUAGCUUAGAACCUAAUUCUGUUUGAUCUUUAAAAUGGCAAAAUCUGCUUUUUUAUUACGUCAGUUUGUCUGCUUCACUUAUCUUUCACUGUUUUUCUUUUAUAAAUCUGCAUUUUUUUUCUUUUAUUUUCUUGCAUGUCUGUUUUAAAUUGUCACAUUGGGGUGGGUUCACCUUCUCACGUUGUUCUAAGCCAAAGUUUGUUCAAACUCUACAGUGCCUUCCUCUUAAACUCUUUGACUAUUAAUUGUUUUAUUUUUUGUGACAGAACCUGGUGGACUAGUUUCUUCCUCCUAAUCACAAUUUUGUCUUUUCUCCCGUUUUGGACAACAGAACACAUGAGAAGCAAAGAUUCCUCUAAUUUUAGCAUAAAGGUUGUAGUAAAACAUCACUGACUGUGCUUCAGAUUUAGGAAGAUUAGUUCACAUAUCAGCAAAUCGUUACUGUAGUUUUUGUAGCUUUUUAACUUGUUUCAGUACAGCACCCAUAUAAUGUGGUUUGACUCAAGUUUUGUUAAGAGUUUUUUUAUUGCUUGGAAAUGUAAAAUUGCUGCAUCUGUUUGGAUUGUGAAAACUUCUAUUGUUUGUUAAUAAAAGCUUUGGCAGAAAAGUUGUGUUCUGCUUUGCAU